CCCCUGAGUCCGGGUGGACUGCAAAACAGCCACCUGUUAACUCGUGAAGGAACCCGGGGCGACCCUGCCUAGGAGCCCAGCUGGUCUUCCACGUGGAGCCUGAAGGGAGGCAUUUCUGGAGGGCUGCUCGAGUGUUGCUGGUGAGGAGACACAGGAGCAGGGGCCAUGAUUCGAACAGAGAGCUUUGUUCGCUUCUGCCUGUGGCUGCUUUGGGUGCCAGGUGCGAGGCCCCACCAUGCCCAGCCGGAACAGGUGCACCUCUCUUACCCGGGAGACCCCACCUCCAUGAGGGUCACCUGGACAACCUUUCGCCCCGCGGAGUCCCUUGUGGCCUACGGCCGGGAUCCUGGAGAGGCCUUCACCCACGUGGCCAGAGGCAACGCCACGCGGUUUGUGGACGGUGGGAAGUUACGGCGGACGAUGUUCAUCCACCGAGUCACCCUCCAGGGCCUGGUGCCGGGAGAGCGCUAUGGCUAUCGCUGCGGGAGUGAGCUGGGCUGGAGCAGGCCCUACAGCUUCCGGGCCUUGCUGAACGGCAGCGACUGGAGCCCCCGCUUUGCCAUUUUUGGAGACAUGGGCCUGCUGAACCCCCAGUCCUUGCCUCGGUUGCAGCGGGAGACGGAGAUGGGCUUGUAUGACGUGGUGCUGCACGUGGGGGACUUUGCCUACGACUUCCACACGGAUAAUGCCCGCGUUGGAGAUGCUUUCAUGAGGAAAAUUGAGCCCGUGGCUGCCUCCUUGCCAUACAUGACUUGCCCAGGCAACCACGAAGAGAAAUACAACUUCUCCAACUAUCGAUUCCGCUUCAGCAUGCCCGGCAACACAGAGAGCCUCUGGUACAGCUGGAAUGUUGGCCCGGCCCACAUCAUCUCUUUCUCCACGGAGGUGUAUUUCUUCUUGGAGUAUGGGUGGCGGCUUGUUGCCGAGCAGUUCCGGUGGUUGGAGAGGGACCUGCAAGAGGCCAGCCAGCCCGAAAGGCGCAAAGAACGCCCUUGGAUCAUAACCAUGGGGCACCGGCCCAUGUACUGUUCCAACAAUGACCGAGACGACUGCACGCAGCACGAAAGCAUUGUUCGCUGUGGGCUUGGCCACCACCAGUACGGCUUGGAAGACCUGUUCUACAAAUAUGGGGUUGAUCUGGAGCUGUGGGCGCACGAACACUCCUAUGAGAGACUCUGGCCGCUCUACAACUACAGGGUUUACAAUGGCAGCACCGAAGCCCCCUAUACCGACCCUGGCGCCCCCGUGCAUAUUAUCACCGGAUCGGCUGGUUGCCAAGAACGCCUGGACCCCUUCGUGCCUGAGCCACGCAAGUGGAGCGCUGUGCGGAUUGAGGAUUACGGGUACACCCGCAUGCAGAUCUUCAACCGGACCCACCUCUGGCUUGAGCAAGUGUCGGACGACCAGGAUGGGAAGGUUGUGGAUGGGAUUUGGCUGAUCAAAGGGAAGCGUGGCCCUGGAGCGUGGCCCUAGCCUCUUUGCGCCGGAAGAUCUUGGGUGACGCAGCGGGUCCUCCCUUCCUCCUGGCCGGGGGGGGGGGCUCCUGAGGUCCCCGCUCUCUGAUAGCCAGCCGUCUUGGGCGGUGGAGCAAAAGGAGCGGCAGAUGCCGCCGCAAGAAGUCACAAAAGGUUGCUGGGCACCCAUCGCCCACCCUCCAGCUUUGGACAGGGCAGCCAAAGUGCCCGGCGUCUCCCCGGCAACGGAGAGAUCCUCCAUGAUCUGGGUCAGGACGCCCGUCGGGAGUCAAAGCAGAGCCGCUCCAAAAGGGUCUUUUGGUUUUAGUUUGUUUUUUCUUUUGUAAAAAGUCUGAGACCCUCAAUAGAUGGCAAGAGAUGUCCCUGUUGUCCAGGUGCAGAGCCAGCCGUAGAUAUGGUAGGAUCUGGCUGCCAUUUCUGUCCUUCAAAGCAGGAGUAAGAACAGACGCUUCCUUGAGUAUGUCCAGGGGGUGUGAAAUAAGGAAGGGACAGGCAGGCCUGUAAGGGUGUGUGUGUGUGGGGGGGGCAAUACUGCGGACCAGCAGACAUACCGUACCUUUGUCUGCCAGGUGGCUUGACUGCAGUGUGCCUUCAGAGCAUAACAGCCCUUCGUGAUCAGACGACACAUCAAUUUAGUCCAGCCUUUGACUUCUUCGUAUUGCAAGGAAGACGCGUUUGUGGGUUUUUUUCUGUGCUGGAGCUAAAACCAAGUGGCUGGCUUUAGGCACUCUUAUGUAAACCAUGCCACUGGUCAGUUUCAGGGCACCCUUUGCUCCCUCUGUGUGGGGAGCAAAAUGUCCCCGGCUGGGCCUGGGAGGUGUGGGGGGGGCGAGGUAGGUGCUGGA